UACAUUGCCGCCCGCGUCCUUGGGUCUGCCUUCGCUAUCGCAAACACCGCUCAAGCGUUUGGAAACCCCUUUGCCGGACCCUGACUACCUCGCACUGCUAGGCGGCGCGUUUACCCAAGGGACGAAGAGGAAAGCGUCGGUGGAUCCGGAGGACGAUUUUGGAGCAGGCGGUAUCCUAUCACCCCCGCUGCCAGGAGCAGCUUCCGUCGUAAAUCGCGGCUUCAGCCUCCGAUACGACCAGGAAUCCGCUGUACGGAGCAUAGACAGGGGAGGCCCGGACCAGAAAACUAGACUCGAAGAAUUCGUUCAGCAGAGUAUCAACAAUGCUGUCCACGGAAUUACCGUCCAGAAGGCCAUGGAUGACCUAGGAGUCAAAGACAAGAAAGACCUGAUUCCGGGCAUGGAAGUGCGCCUACUGCCCCACCAGCUCAUUGGUGUGAAUUGGAUGACGAAGCAAGAGCGCUUGAGCCCACACAAGGGCGGUCUCCUUGCGGACGACAUGGGUCUUGGAAAGACGGUGCAGAUGAUCGCGACCAUGGUCAUCAACCAGCCGACGGAGGAGGACACGAACCGGUCGACUCUUAUCGUCGUCCCCGCGGCGCUAAUGACGCAGUGGAAGGACGAAAUUAUACAGAAGACGAACGGGAUGUUCGAAGUCCACAUCCAACACGGCAAGGACAAGCUCAAAAAGGUCGACCAGCUAGCCGAGAAGGAUGUCGUCAUCACGACUUACCAGACACUCAAUUUGGACUUCAAUGUUCCGAGCGAUUUGGAAGACAGUGAUGAAGAAAUGCAGUGGAUCCGUGACAACGGUGGGCCGCUUUCGCGCAUGCGAUGGUACCGCGUUAUCCUCGAUGAGGCGCAGUUUAUUCGGAACCGAGGCACGCGGUGCAGCAAAGCCGUCGCAAUGCUUCGGUCCAAGUACCGGUGGUGUCUGACUGGUACACCCAUCACCAACACGCUGGCCGAUAUCUACGGGUUCCUGCGCUUUGGGCGCUUCCGGCCAUGGAACGACUGGGAAGAUUUCAACAACUAUGUUGCAAAGAUGCAGUUGGAAGACGCUCCGUUAGCCGGCAUGCGCGCUCAGGAGAUCCUCAAGCCUAUCAUCCUCCGUAGAACGAAGGACGCCAAAGUGGAAGGCGAGCCGAUCUUGCAGCUGCCCCCGAAAGAGGUCGAGCUGGUGUUUGUGGAGUUCUCCCCAGAUGAGCGCGAGCUCUAUGACAGCUUCGAGAAACGGGCACAAAUUCAGAUCAACCGGUUCAUUCGAAACAACACUUUGGUAAAGAACCACACGGAGGUCUUCACAUGGAUCCUGCGCCUGCGUCAGCUGUGCGCGCAUCCCCACCUUGUGUUGGAACAAGCGGAUGGCUUUUCAGAUCCGUCAGCUAUGAUGGGCUCCGCAAGCGACAAGGAACUCGCUCGAGCAACGAAAAAGAUGGGCGCCAAGUGGGUCGAAAACGUCAAGAGGAGGUUUAUGGCCCGCGCGCGCGCAAACGCGCUCGGCUUUGAAGACGAGGGCGAGAGCGAGGAGAACGCGUGCCCGAUGUGUGGUGACUUCUUUGUGGAGAAUAGCGGCCGCACGCUUAUUUGCGGGCACGAUAUCUGCAGCGAUUGUUUGGACGCCCUUGCCACCUCGCCUAUAGAGGCGCGGGAAGAGUUUGGCAACGGCGAUGAGCAGACCAAUCUGCGCAUUGAGAAAGAAUACGAAACGGCCGCAGCCAAGGGUCUUCGUCCGUGUCCCACAUGCAAGAAGAUGCAAGAUCUCAGGCCCAACGUCGUAUUCCUGUCUUCUGCGUUCUAUCCGAGUGAAGAGGAGAUGGCCAACGCCAGUCGUGCAGCAGCCGCUGCGAAACGGCGCGGCCCAAGCCCACCAGCGAAGAAGCGCAAGAUUGAAGUCCUUGAGCUCAGCGACGAUGACAGCUCGGACUCGGACUUGGACGACGACCUGCUAGACUUCACAACGCUCAUGAAGAGCUCUCCGAAGGACAAGGGCAAAGCAGGCGCUAAGACACCGGCGAAGAAGGCGCUCAAGGAUGAGAGCGACGAGAGCGACGAUGACGAUGAUGACGAGCCUUUUUCGAAGGGGAAGGCCGGGAAGGGCAAGGGCAAGGCUGCGGCUAAGGGCAAGAACGAAGACGAAGCCGCCCCGGGCCAGCCGAACGAGCACCUCCUCAACACGUGGAAGCAAGGCGGAAGCACCGUCGAGUCGAGCGCAAAGAUGCUCCAGAUGAUCGCUUAUCUGCAGGAGUGGGAGUCGAGCGGGGACAAGAUCAUCGUCUUCUCGCAGUGGACCUCGAUGCUCGACCUGUGCGACCAAAUCUUUGCGCGCCAUGGCAUCCGCAGCCUGCGCUACGACGGGAAGAUGAGCCGCGAGAACCGCGAGAUCACCCUGAAGACGUUCCGGAGCACGUACGGACCGAAGGUCAUCCUCGUUAGUAUCAAGUGUGGUGGCGUCGGUUUGAACCUAGUCUCGGCGAAUCGCGUCAUCAACUUGGAUCUGUCCUGGAACUACGCCACGGAGUCGCAAGCGUACGACCGUGUACAUCGGCUCGGGCAGGAGAAGGAGGUCUUUGUCAAGCGCCUUGUCAUCAAGAACUCGAUCGAGGAGCGGAUGCUUGUACUCCAGGAGACCAAGACACAUCUCGCUGACGCCGCCCUCGGCGAAGGCUCCGGGCAGAAGCUGCAGAAGCUGAGCGUCAAGCAGAUCAAGGAUCUGUUUGGCAUGACCCGUGUUGCCAAUUCCAACCACACUACCGGGCUCGAACAUGGUCAGACUCAGCUCUAGGGCGCUCAACCGCAGCCUACGUUUAGGUAUCGGUCAAGGCGUCCGACCCAUUCGUGUAUUUAUCCUUCAUUAUGGUCGUCUUGGCUCCUGGACAGAUCUCGCUACAUACACGUACGCGCGCGCACUCGCACGCAGUGCUAAU